AUGUCCUUCGAUAACAGCGAUCCAUAUGAUUACUCACAAGAUAUUGGUGGUAACACCUUUAACCGAUCAUCAGAAGCAUCCAUCAAUCCAUACUAUUCAUCUUCACAACAAGAACCAUUAGAAGAUUUCGAGACCUUGAGACGUAAAGCAAAGGAAAUUUCGAAAAGGGAAUACGAUUUGGAGAGAAGGGAAUAUGAAUUUCAAGCCAAAGUUAAAAGUCAAUUAUUGAACAAUAAUAAUAACACUGCUCAACCUUCACUCAAUUUUGUGGAAGCAAUUAUUCCUUCUGUAAACUCCCGUGCUGCUACUGCCACUGUUCCAAAGAAUUUUCCAUUCUGCUAUCCUAUAAUGUAUCACAAUAUUAGUUCCAUUCCACCAGAGUUCAUGAGAAGAAAAGUAGUUUAUAUGGGAUUCGUCUCGUGGAUAAUCUUUAGUCUAUGCUCCAUAUUGAACGCAGCAGCUGCCUAUACUACAGUAUUCUAUCCACUUCUAAUCAAGGGUGUUCCAUUGGAGAUUACAACAAUGAUGAAAGUGCAAUAUCUGGUGGUGGCAACAAUCAUGAUCUUUUUCCUUCCACCAGCUCAUUUCUUCCUCACCUAUUAUCCACUCUAUAAGGCAAUGGAAAAGGGUACUGUUCCAAGAUUUGUCUUGUUCUUUAUCAGUUAUGGUGUGGUGAUUAUUUUUUGUUUAUUUGGAAUGUCAGGAUUUAUGACAUACGGAUUUAGUGGAAUUAUGAUUGCUGUGUACUUUGAUCCACAUAUUUAUGGAGGUGUGAUUGGUGGCACUCCUGCAUUUGCUUGUAAUGUAGCUAUGGCUAUUAUUUGGUUACUACUGGCCAUCAAUUUUAUUGUCAUUUUAGUAUUGGGUGCUGUGGCUUUUAAGAGACUUAAGGGCUCUUUCAAACAAUUGAAAGAUUUUGGAACAACAUUUGUUGAUGGAAUGAAUGAAUGA